CUCGAAUUUUGUGCCCAUCGUCCGUCGCCGUCCCGUGCAUUGGUCGAUUUGAGGAUGCUCACGUUCAAGGACAAGCUCGCGCACAACAUCGUGCCGGAAUGGGAGGAACAUUACGUCAACUACUCGGACCUGAAGCACCUCGUCAAGCAGAUCCAGAGUCGCAUGAGCUUUGAGGAGCUGGACGACCCGUUGGCGUACUGCGACAGCAGCACGUCAGAGCGCGUGCGUCUGCUCAAGACGUCGUCCACGCAGGUCCACUUCGACCAAGAGUUCCUCAACGAAUGCGAAAAGGUCGACGCGUGGUACAGUCUGCAGUUAUCUGCAUGUCAGACCAAGUUUGUUCGCUUGAAGGACGAGUAUGCGGACGCGCGGGCGGCGGCAGGGCCAUCCAUCGAGAUCUCCUCUAGCAACGCCAUGACUCCCACUUGCAAGGACAGCCACUCGUCGUUGCCCUCCAUCGUCCCGACCGAACACUUCAACUCGACCUGUCACUCGAUCAAGCAAUCGUUCGUAGCGCUAUACAAGUCGCUCCGCAUGCUGCAAAACUACGCGCUGCUCAACUACACGGCCCUCAACAAGAUCCUCAAGAAGCACAAGCGCAUCUGCGGCCAUGACCGCUUCGAGCCCGAGCACCGUGUGCUCAACUUCUCCCUGCAUGAGUUCGCCUUCAGCCACGCGCUGCCUGUGAAAAGCUGCAUCGUCGAGCUCGAGGCGUUCGUGACGGCAGCCUUCUUCACCGGUGACCGCGUCCUGGCCCUGGCCGAGCUCGACGACGGCAAGGACACCAACGCCGUCAACUGGCAGCACGUGGUUAUGGGCGUCAAGAUGGGCGUGUGUAUGGUGCUGGCGCUGUGGCUGCUCUGGGACGACGUUGUGGUCGUGUUACUCUGCGACACUGGUGAUAAAACGAUCGCCAAACUUCAGCGAACCAAAGCGUUCCCGUUCUACCGAGGGAUGGCACAAGGCCUGUUCUUCCUUUGGUUGUGGGGAGCCACAUUGUAUGUGUGGCAAGCUGCCCGCAUCAAUUACAGAUAUAUUUUGGAGCUGGACCCCCAUGUGACACCCGCCUUUUCCCAAGUAUUCGACGACGCAAGCCACUUGAGCACGGUAUACUUUGUCAGCUUUUUGCUGUACAUGCAACUGGAACACAAGUCGCUGCCCUUGUACCAAUUCGUACCCAGUGGGUAUAUGCCGCUGCUGUUGGCGAUCUAUGUGGUUGUGUUCUUUGCCAUGAAAGAGUGGAGCCAACAAAAGCGCUUGACGGGGGUGCUGCGAGAUAUUGUGCUGGUGCCGUUGUUCCACGUCAGCUACUUUCACACGUUUGUCACGAAUUACAUGACCAGUUCCACGAAAUUGAACCAAGAUGUGGUGUGGUCACUGUGUUACUUUACCACUGGCGAAUUCUUGGACCCAACUUCCGACUCCUGCUCUACCAAGUCCAACACCAUGCAUGUGCUCGUGCCACUGAUCUCUGCCCUACCCUUUUGGUGGCGGUUUCUGCAGUGCCUGCGCCGUGUGUACGACAUGAAGAAUUGGUUUCCGGGGGUUCUGAAUGCCCUAAAAUACGCCUUGUCGUUGCUUGUGAUCCUCUUUGGGCUGGUUCAUUCGUUCUAUUCACCGCUUGAGCCCAGCAACACAUUGCAGUUGAUCUGGGUAGUGCUGGCCGUGAUAAGCUCUCUUUACACGUGGAGCUGGGAUGUAUUGAUGGAUUGGGGGCUGGGUCGCCCAGCCUUCAACUUUCUCGGCGACGGCCGCAUGUAUUCCCGGACUUGGGUCUACUAUGAGAAAUAUUAGCUGCGAUCGUAGCCGACUUGGUACUAUGCAUUUCGUGGACGCUGGCGCUGGUACCUGCGACCGAUUCGGUGCCGUUCGUGGAGCUGCUGACGGUGAUUCAGCCCGUGACCACCUUCAUGGAGCCCAUCCGCCGGUCCAUGUGGAGCUGCUUUGCCAUGGAGAACGAGCACCUGCGCAACACCCUGGGCUUCCGCAAGGAGCUGUUCAUCCCGCUGCACUUUGAAAAACAGCGCGCCAAGCUCGAAGACUCGACCGAUUACGCCUACAAGUUGGUCUUGUUAGCGGUCGUAGUCGUUGCCCUCAGUGCCCUGACUAUCUUUGUCGGCGCCUAAGUCAUCGACUAGUGUUAAUAGUAUUGCCACAACCUAACACGAAUGCGAGUAAAACGA